AGGCGCGCAUCAUUUUUGGCCGUACUGGCGACAACUCUGGCACUUGCAUCACUUGCGAGUGCCCUCCCACAUGGUGACGAUGACAUGCACAUAGGUGGUGGAAUGUCUCACGGCGAUCACGGUGAUCCCACACCGUUACCCAGUGCCCAACCAUCUGCAACCCCGCAGGUCAGCAGUGAUGAUUCGCCAAUGAGCUACUUUGCCUACGGGAAUCACACUGGCACAAUCGUCGCCCAUGUCGCCCUCAUGAUUCUAGGAUGGUGCUUCGUUCUUCCUGCAGGUGUUAUGCUCAGUGUUGCCGGGUCGCGCUUUGCGCUGCCAACGCAAUUUCUCUUCCUGAUCGUCAACGCGUUCGGAAUGCUGCUUGGUAUCGUCUACAAUAACCAAACUCCCGACCUGUACCCAAACAAUGCUCAUCAUAAAAUCGGUUGGAUCGCGUCGAGUGUGGCCUGUGCUCAGAUGGCUAUGUCAUUGAUUUUCACCUACGCCGGAAGAGGCGAUGCCGAUGUCGCCGCAUCUGAACGUGCGGCAUUCAUUCCCGUGUCCACGGAUGAAAUGGCCCACCACGCGCAUUCCUAUCCGACUAGUGCGCUUCACGAAUACAGCUGGUCAGGAGAUAGUGGCCAGGACACGGAACGUGACUCCUCUAUCCACAGUGGCCCUUCUUUGCCCACUUGCGUUCCGCCGUCGGCAGAUUACGUUGACUUUGAAAAGCCAGAGGAGGAUGACUUGCAUGGUGGAAAGCCUGCUGGUUCUCGCAGCUGGCUUCGCAACACGUUCGUCGACCGCUUCUUGGCCAGUCGCGUACCGGGAAUGGUGUCCAGUCGUGUCUUGGGUAUUCUCAACGUGGUUUACAUGGUUAUCGACAGAAUCCUCUUGCCUUUUGGCUUCAUUGCCAUUGCAACGGGUGGUGUGACUUAUGGCGGCAUCAUGAGGGGCAUCCAAAUCUUCAACGGGCUUGCGCAUUUCAUCAAGGGCGGAAUUUUCUUCUGGUACGGUAUGUUGACGCUAGGACGAUGGAUGGGCUGCUGGUCAGACUUGGGCUGGUCCUGGAACGUGAAGCCCGCUGCAGAGAUUGUUGGCAAGGCAAAGGCCAGAGUUCCUUCGGCUGAAUUCGUCGAGUCCCUUGUGAUCUUCCUGUAUGGAGUCACGAAUGUGUUCCUGGAACAUCUGUCGGGCUGGGGUGGCGAAUGGACUGCCCGGGAUUUGGAGCAUGUGUCCAUCUCUAUUUUAUUCUUCGGUGGUGGAUUGUGUGGUAUGCUUUUCGAGUCCAAACGAGUCAAGAACUGGGUAAACAGCACCGUCCUGCAGUAUCCUUCUCAGUUUGCAGCCCAUGGACACGUUGAUUCGGCCUGGCACAUUCCCAGUUCGCAAAGUGUGUCGCUCAACCCGAUGCCUGCCCUGGUAAUCCUUUUCCUAGGCUCCAUAAUGGGAUCGCAUCAUCAAGACUCUAUGGUUUCGUCCAUGGUACAUCAGCAAUGGGGUAAUCUCUUGAGCGGGUUUGCCGUCUCUAGAAUCUUGACCUAUGCCAUCCUAUUCUUGAAGCCCCCGACUUCCUACCUGCCGUCUCGUCCACCCACUGAGGUUCUCGCUUCCUUCUGCUUGGUGGGUGGCGGUCUCAUAUUUAUGAUGAGCACCAGGAACAUUGUCGAAACCAUGAUCUACUACCAAAUAGAAUCCAUGUUCACAAUGACUGUGGGAAUGAGUUUAACGGUAUUUGUAAUGGCCUGGGAGACCCUCAUUAUUGCCAUCAAAGCGUGGGCAACAAGAAGGGAGAUGGCUCCGCAACUGGCUACGUUUCAAUUUCCGGCCUAAAUCUACAGUGACAACAUUCUUGCUUGGCUAUGAAGCGCGCUUAUUAUUGAUCACUCCUUUUUCGCUCAGCCCGCCAUACUCAACGCCGAAAAAAAAGAG